CGCUGCUUCCGGGAGCAGCGGGGCAUGGAGGCAGCGCCGGCGGGGAAGGAAGAGAAGGGGGGAGGCCGGUUCCACCCCAGCGAGCACCAGCACGCUCGUUACAACCCGCUGCGGGAUGACUGGGUGCUGGUGUCGGCCCACCGGGUGAAGCGCCCCUGGCAGGGGCAGCUGGAGAAGCCGCCCCCCGAGGAUGUGCCCCGCUGGGACCCCAACAACCCUCUCUGCCCUGGGGCCACCCGGGCCAACGGCGAGGUGAACUCCUGGUACGAGGGCACCUUUGUCUUCCCAAAUGACUUCCCGGCUCUGCAGCCUGAUGCUCCUGAGCCUGGUGAGAGCGAUCACCCCUUGUUUCAAGCGGCAGCAGCCCGGGGGGUGUGCAAGGUGAUGUGCUUCCACCCCUGGUCGGACCUGACGCUCCCCCUCAUGUCCCUGACGGAGAUCCGGGCUGUCAUCGACACAUGGGCAGAGCUGGCAGCUGAGCUGGGUUCCUCCUAUCCCUGGGUGCAGAUCUUCGAGAACAAGGGAGCGAUGAUGGGCUGCUCCAACCCACACCCCCACUGCCAGGUGUGGGCCAGUAGCUUCCUUCCCAACGAGGCGCGCCUGGAGGACCGGACCCAGCGGCAGCACCUAAGCCAGCAUGGUAUGCCCAUGCUGCUGGAGUAUGCUGAGCAGGAGGCUCGCCGAAAGGAGCGGUUGGUGGUGGAGAACAUGGACUGGCUGGUUGUGGUGCCAUACUGGGCCACUUGGCCCUACCAAACCCUGCUGCUGCCCCGCCGUCAUGUCUGCCGCCUCCAGGACCUCCGCGAGGGCGAGAGGGACAGUCUGGCUUCCAUCAUGCAGAGGCUGCUCAUCAAGUACGACAACCUCUUUGAAGUCUCCUUCCCCUACUCCAUGGGCUGGCACGGAGCCCCCACAGGCCCGUACCUGGAGGAGGACUGUGGGCACUGGCAGCUCCAUGCCCACUACUACCCCCCACUGCUCCGCUCUGCCACCGUCCGCAAGUUCAUGGUGGGGUACGAGAUGCUGGCGCAGGUGCAGCGGGACCUCACCCCAGAGCAGGCAGCCGAGCGCUUGAGGAAUCUCCCUGAGGUGCACUACAAGCAGAGGACCAAGGAGACAUCGUGAUGGGGAGCAGUGGAGCCUGCCCUUGGCUCUGCUGGCUGAGGCUAAGGAGAAGAGUCAGCUGGGUUGGUGAGAGCGGAGGCAUGGGAGCUCAUGUCACUUGUGAGCCCUGUGACCUCCCAGCUUCUCCUGAGCCUUGUCACAGCUUGGUCUGGCUUGGGGACUGGUUUUGCCUGUUCCGGUACCCUGGUCCUAAGCCUGUGGCAUCCUUGCACAGGCAGUGCUGUUCCUUGUCUCCUUCCCCAUCUCAGUCUGUCUUCCACCUCUGCAGUGUACUCCUACCACCACUAAAGGGCUUACCCUCCUUACCAGUCCAGUCUUACUGGUGGGACUGGGAGUGCUGCCUGUCCCCCACCCCUCAGCCAAUAAAACCUGGAAGCAAA